GUUCGCGUUUGCUGUGGUGAUUGGUAAAGUUGUAACAAAAUAUGAAACUUGUGAAUUAUGGAACUAGUAUAGAACGAUAUAGUUGUUCAUGGUUGAAGUGUUUAAAUAUGCAUGCAAAUUUCGGAAAAUAAGUUAAUCAAAAUGAAACGUUCUAGAAAUGAAGUUGUUAAAGCAACAGUCGGUUCAUACUUGAAACGACGUCAUUAUACUGUUGCUAGUGAAAACCUAGUGCUGUGUUACAGGACACAGAAAAUUUCCGCAAGUCUGAACUGCAGUUAAGUCAGACAAAUCAGCAAAUGGCUGUCCUUUCAGCUGUUGAUAAGGAAAUAACUAGAAAUAACUCAAUCAUAUUCAGUACCAUCAGUAAUGACACAGUGCAGAUUGAUCAGCAAUUUACCAGACUAAAGACAUGGAUCAGCGAGAUAAAGUCAGAGGACUGCAAGAGUGAGUUGGCAGCACUGCUGUGCCCCUUGUUCUGCCGUCUAUACUUGGAAAUGCUGAGAGGGGGACAUCGUCAAUCUGUAGCCAAGUUCUUCAAGCGACACCAGGGACUGUUUGUGUCAGGAGAGCACAGUCGAGAGUUGGUGGAGGAGUUGGCAUGCAUCUACAGUAACCAGGAUAUUGAUUCCAGUCCUACAGUCAAAGUUUUCAGGUCAUGCAAGUACCGUUUACACUUGUCCCCAUCAUCCAUGGCUGCUCUGCAGAAGUACCUCGCUCAGCAUGGGCAUGUGGUUAUCCUUCAGGUGUUGCAGAAUUGGUUUGACUUUGAAAUUGGAGGAACCAUGAGACUGGAAGAUGAGGAGGAGGAGGAGGAAGAGGAGGAAGGGGAAGGAGAAGAAGAAGAGAAUUAUUGCAGAGACAGUAUUGUUACUGGGACCAAUGAGAAGGUUGGCUGUAGUCAUAAAGCAUCAGAUUCAGAAGUCGAGUUGCAGGAAUUACAGGAUGUGAUUCAAUUGGUGCGGGAAGGACCUCCCUCUCCCUGCCCAUUAUUGCUGUACACAAUAAUGAACUCUGAUAACAAUGUGGGAUGUGGGUACACAUGGGGUGCAGUGGACGUACUUGCGGCUGGAUUGGGCUCUGAAGUUAGGCUUUGGGGCUUAACCCAAAAUAAGAUGUUCAGCACACCAAAUCCCAACAUAUCACAGGUACACCUGGCGUGUGAUGUGAGUGCCUCCCAAGAGUUAAGCAGGCCUGAGAGCAACACAGUCUCUCUGCGCGGUCACAGUGGGCCUGUGCAAGGUAUUGCACAGUUUCCUGAUGGACUGUUGGUGUCAGUUUCUCAUGAUACAACUAUGCGUGCUUGGAACAAGGAUGACUUAUCUUGCGCUGCUGUCUACAGAGGGCACAACUAUCCCAUCUGGUGUGUAGAUGUGAGUACAUUGGGACUGUAUGUUGCCACUGGUUCACAUGACCGAACAGCCCGCCUUUGGUCUCUGGAUCGCACGUUCCCCUUACGAAUAUUUGCUGGCCAUAACCAGGAUGUUGAGGCGGUGCAGUUUCACCCGAACAGUUCGUACCUAGCAACAGGUUCCACUGACAAGACGGUACGGUUAUGGGCUGUUAAUGAUGCCAAGCUGGUGAGGGUGUUGCCAGGUCACAAAGGGGGCAUCCAGGCACUGUCCUUCAGUCCAGAUGGAAAAUACAUUGCUUCUGCAGGAGAAGACAAACGAGUGAGAGUCUGGGACCUGGCGGCAGGCACGAUGCUACUGGAGCUGAAGGGGCACACCCAUACAGUGUCAGGACUGUCAUGGAGUCGUGACAGCGAGUGUGUGGCUUCAUGUGGCUUGGAUGGCGCUGUUCGGGUGUGGAAUAUACGCUCACGCCCUGGCAGCUUAUCAAGCGUGAGCUAUUCAUCUGACCUAAUUGCAGCAUACACUACGGAGUGCAUCAGUCUUCUCUCUGUUCAGUAUUCACAGUCCAACACACUGGUCUGUGUUGGAGUCACAUGAACCACAUGUGACUGUACAUAAGUGAAAAUUAUUAUUCUGUCGCAAGUCUUGUUACGUAACAUGUUCUAAGAUGUGCUCAGUUAAAUGUGAGUUUAUAUUACAUUCAGAUUUGUUCCGAAAAGUUGUGUACAGUUGCCAUUCUUACAAUUUUUCUUAACUUAAAUCUUUGUUUUUGAUGGGAUGUUCUGUGUUACAUCAUCAUUAAAAGCCAGUUUGUUCUCUUGA